CCAGGGGGCAGUUAAACCUAGCUAGUGUGUGUGUGUGUGAGGGAGCGUGUUUGUGUAGCCUGUGCUUAGUGACAGCCCUGCUAGUAACACCCAGAACUGAGCUGUGAGUCAACCUUUGCUAGUCGGAGCGUGGUGCCUACUUUGAUCAUGAACACUCUGCCAGCUUACUGUGGAGCCAGGAUAUCAGGCUGCUGGACCCUCAGGUCAGACGGCAGUGGGGGGGGAGAUGGCUCUCUGGACCGUCUCCUCCCGCCAAUCAACAUGGGCUUGUCACCACGGAAACGGACCACCAGCCAGUGCAAGUCGGAGCCGCCCCUCCUGCGCACGUCCAAACGGACCAUCUACACGGCCGGACGCCCGCCCUGGUACAACGAACAUGGGACCCAGUCCAAAGAGGCCUUCGUCAUUGGCCUGUGUGGGGGCAGUGCCUCGGGGAAGACCACUGUGGCCAGGAAGAUCAUCGAGGCUCUGGACGUCCCGUGGGUGGUCCUGCUCUCCAUGGACUCCUUCUAUAAGGUUCUGUCUCCUGAAGAGCAGAUUCUGGCGGCCAGUAAUAAUUAUAACUUUGACCACCCUGAUGCGUUUGACUUUGGUCUGCUUACACACACCCUGCGCAAACUCAAACUGGGCAAAAGUGUGAAGAUCCCUGUGUAUGACUUCACCACACACGGACGCCAGAAGGAGUGGAAAACCGUGUAUGGAGCCAGUGUUAUCAUCUUUGAGGGCAUCAUGGCUUUUGCAGAUAAAGAGCUCUUACAGCUGCUGGACAUGAAGAUCUUCGUAGACACGGACUCAGACAUCCGUCUGGUGCGUCGGCUGCGCAGGGACAUCACAGAGAGGGGGAGGGACAUCGAGGGGGUCAUCAAGCAGUACAACAAGUAUGUGAAGCCAGCCUUCGAGCAGUACAUUGAGCCCACCAUGCGGCUGGCUGACAUAGUGGUGCCCAGAGGUGGGGGCAACAUGGUGGCCAUUGAUCUGAUUGUGCAGCAUGUUCACAGCCAGCUGGAGGAGAGGAAACUUCGCUGGGAUAUGGCGGCACUAGCCUCCGCCCACCAGGCCCAGCCCCUCCCCCAGACCCUGAGUGUCCUGGAGAGUACGCCUCAGGUCAGGGGCAUGCACACCAUCAUCAGAAACAAAGAGACGAGUCGUGACGAGUUCAUUUUCUACUCCAAGAGGCUGAUGCGCCUGCUGAUAGAGCGAGCUCUCUCCUUCCUGCCCUCUCAGAUCCACACAGUCCAGACACCACAGGGGGAGGACUACGAAGGCAAGAUCUUUCAUGGGAAGAGGAUCACUGGCGUUUCCAUCCUGCGGGCAGGAGAGACCAUGGAGCCGGCGCUGCGGGCCGUGUGCAAGGACGUCCGCAUUGGCAAGAUCCUGAUCCAGACCAACCAGGACACGGGAGAACCCGAGCUGCACUAUCUGCGUCUGCCAAAGGACAUAAGUGAGGACCAUGUGAUUCUGAUGGACUGCACUGUGUCCACUGGAGCUGCUGCCAUGAUGGCUGUACGCGUCCUACUGGACCAUGACGUGCAGGAGGAUAAGAUCCUGCUGGUGUCUCUGCUGAUGGCAGAGAUGGGUGUCCACUCUGUAGCCUAUGCUUUCCCCCAGGUCCAGAUCAUCACCACAGCCGUGGACAAGAAGGUCAACGACCUCUUCCACAUCAUCCCAGGAAUAGGAAACUUUGGCGAUCGAUACUUUGGUACUGAUGCCCCCCCUGACUGGAGCGAUGAGGAGAUGGAUGAGCUCUGCUACUGAGUGUGACCAGUGGACUGGCCCAUUUACAGCUUAUGCCAGGGGUUUGCCCUUUGCAGGACAAAACCAGAGUGCACUUCUGGCCCCAUGUGGGCUGUGACUAACAGCUUUAAGCUGUGAUACCCUGAUAGACUUGAGCUCUCACUUAGGAAGAGUGAAGAUCCAGAACAAAACACAUUUAUACAUUCAAAACAUUUUUGUAUAUUUUUAUUGUGCGGCCAUGAUGCUGUCCAAAGCUUAAAUUAAGAUAUUUUUAUAGUGCGUGUAUGCAUGUAUGAAAUAAAUUAAUUGUUUGAGUGUUUAAAUUCUGUAUACAAAAAAGGAUGUACCUAGCCUUAUGCCGUUUACUGUUGAGGACAAUUGAAUGUGACUCUCUCACUGCUAACUGCUAAAACACAUCUACAUCUUAACUGUAGAGAUUCAUUUGCCUUUUCAGAAGUGAAGCCAAAAUCAGCCAUUGUGUUCGCUCAAAGCAUUGUUUGAAGGACCACUGCAUCGGAAAACUGUGUGGGUGUUACUAUCUUGUUUGUACCUUUUGGUUUCCCCUCUCUUUAGCUACUGACCGAACCACAGGUUCAGGAACUUGAGGACGAAAAUAUAUUUCUAGCUGUAGUACUCGUGUUUUGAGGUAUUGGUUAGUUCUAUGACUAUUAGCCUUCCUGGGUAUGCUGCUAGUGCUCUGCCACUCAGCCUCCUGUCAGAAGAUCUACAUCCCCAUAAAUAAGGGGCACUGGCUUUAAGUAUGGAAGAUUCACCAUGAGGGUCUCUUUAUGCUCGAAAUAUUGUUUUGUGCUGCAUGUACUAUUCUAUUUAUAUUUGUCAACCGUUCAAAGCUUAACCUGUCCUAUCAUGGUGGGAAUUAUAAUUUCCAUGUUCACCAUUUUACACCCCCAUCAGAUAAGAUGUAUGUAUUAUUUUGUCAUGGGAGGUUGUGGGUCAGAGAAGCUCCAUAGGACGGACCAAAUAACCAAAAAGUGGCUAAGAAAAAGCAUGUGACCAUACGUUGCACCCACAAAUGAGCGGCACUGUGUAGUAUAAGCCUGUGUAAGUAGGCCUAUAGCCAGGUUGUAUAAUUAAACAUCGAAAUUGAGUCCAUUUAUUAACCCCAACAUGUUAAAUCCGUAUUCUUUUUACAUUAACAUUUCCUGAUGUUUAGGUCACAAGGGUGGUGUGCUGUGUUUACUUUAUUUGAUAUUUUAUAAUAAAAGUAAAUGUACAUGGCGACUACAAGCUUAAUUUUUUGUAGGACUAGGGUCUCCCAUAGAAGUUUAUUUCCAAAACGGUUCAUUCAAUACAUAUCAAUUUGGGGUUGGCGAGUUAGUUUACACAUAUAUUUAUAUAUAAUGACGACGAGGGCGUUAUAUAGUUUGAGAAUUGGACAAACCACAUGGUCUUUUGGUCUGCUUUGUCGAGCAACGUAGAAAGAGAUGGAGCGAUGAAUUACAUUCUCUUUGAAAAUAUACAGGAAGGAUACUGUGGUUGCCCUCUUCUUAAUGGAAAAAAAAACUUCGAUCUUUUAUCACUUUCCACAAUAAUGAUACUGACACCGAAUCCAAUUGAAAAUUAUAUAUGAAAACAAACCGACAAAUAUUCAGAAUAAUAAAUAGCCUAUGAGGAUUCAGACUCAGUAAUGUCUACCUUUAUUAUUCGCACGGUAGGACACAUCUUUUCAAUUGUGGCGCGCGCCGUCUACGGGCACACACAGAGCAGAGGACAAUGACACCUGUUUGCAGCACAAAUGACGCGGGAAGCGAAUGACUGGCCAAGGCGCAGCAUGUAGUCUCCUGCAUCUGGAGGGGUUCUUUCCAGGACUGUCCAACCUGAGAAUGGUGUUUUAAUGCUCAAUCUCAGGUUUGUCAGCCCAUGAAACACCACCUCAUUUCAGCCAUUAAUACAGGAUGAAACCAGCAAUGUAAGGAAACACCCAGACCGGUCCCGACCAGCCGAGACCGAAGCAGACCGGAUCAGACCAGAACAAACUGAAUAUUUGAUCUACGUACACUUAAGCCAAUACAUUGCAUGAAUGUGAAAUAUAUAAAAUGUGAUUAUGAAUAGUUGAUAUCAAGUGGUAAAUUUGGUAUGAAUACUUGCUAACAUAAGAUACUGACUAAACUCUUCAAAUGAGGAACUAUAAAUUUGGGAUAAAAAAAAACAUAAUUAAACUCCUUUAAUUUCUUCGUUCAA